CAAAGCCCUAACCGACCGCUACAGCUCUAAUGGCGGAGGCUCUCCACCCAUCCCUCCCAAUCUCCGCGGACGAAGCUCCUACUUCGAUCAACGCGGGCCAGUGGGUUCGCGCCUGAAAUCAUCUCCUCACUUCGAAUUCCUUCUCCGAGCGAUCUCCGUCGAAGUCUCCAUGGAAGCCAACGGCAGCAGCGAGAGCCUGGAGGUGCCGAAGAAGGCGAAGAGAGGCAAAUCUAAGACACCUCAGAAGGCAAAAGAGAGUCUUCUGACGCAGAAAUCCCCCGCGGAAUUCUUCGCCGAGAAUAAAAACAUUGCUGGAUUCGACAAUCCUGGGAAAUCAUUAUAUACGACAGUGAGAGAGCUUGUUGAAAAUUCUCUUGAUUCGGCAGAGUCAAUCUCUGAGCUCCCCGACAUUGAAAUAACAAUAGAAGAGAUUAAUAAGAGCAAGUUCAAUACGAUGAUUGGCCUUGCUGAUCGUGAGCGUGUUGAUGAAGAAUUGUAUGAUGAUUUUGAGUCUGCCAAGGCACGGGAGAAACGACUUGCCAAAGAAGCCCGCUUUCAGGAGAUUCAAGCUAAGAAUGCUGCCCUUGGGAAGAAGGUGAAAGAGCCUUCAGUUGUGAGGGGACUAAAAGGAAGAGGUGAAGCAUCAUUCUUCAGAGUAACCUGCAAGGACAAUGGAAGAGGAAUGCCGCAUGAUGACAUCCCAAACAUGUUUGGACGAGUUCUAUCUGGUACAAAAUAUGGGUUAAAACAAACUCGUGGGAAAUUUGGACUUGGUGCCAAGAUGGCAUUAAUUUGGUCCAAGAUGAGCACUGGCCUUCCUAUUGAGAUUGCAUCAGCAAUGAGGGGGCAAAAUUAUACAUCAUUUUGUCGACUGGAUAUCGAUAUUCAUCGGAACAUUCCUCAUGUCCACUUACAUGAAAAAAGGGAAAAGAAGGAUCGGUGGCAUGGAGCAGAAAUUCAAGUUAUUAUUGAGGGUAACUGGACUACCUAUCGUUCAAAGAUACUUCACUAUAUGCGCCAAAUGGCUGUGAUUACCCCUUACGCCCAGUUUCUCUUUAGAUUCAUUUCAGACCUGGCAGACAAAAAUAUGACCAUAAGAUUUGCACGGAGGACGGAUGGGAUGCCUCCAGUUCCUCUUGAAACAAAGCACCAUCCUUCUGCUGUUGAUCUACUACUCAUCAAGCGUCUUAUUGCAGAAACUUCAAAGCAAAAUCUUCAGCAAUUUCUGCAACAUGAAUUUGUGAAUAUAAGCAAAUCAUAUGCUGAACGUCUAAUUGGGGAGAUGGGCCCAGAUUUUAGCCCUAAAAUGCCUGUGAAAAGUCUCACAUCUCAACAAAUAGUCCGUAUUCAUCAGUUAUUUCGUCAAGCAAAAUUUGAUGAUCCUAGUGGAGAUUGUCUUAGUCCUGCAGGGGAAUACAAUCUCCGUUUGGGAAUUAUUAAGGAGCUAAAACCAGACAUGGUUGCCACUUAUGCAAGCAGCCCUCAGGUUUUUGAAGGCCAUCCAUUCAUAGUUGAAGCUGGAAUUAGCCUGGGCGGUAAAGAUGUUAAACAAGGCCUAAAUAUAUUCCGUUUUGCAAACCGUAUACCUCUUCUUUUUGAACAAGGUGCUGAUGUCAUCACAAGAACUGCUUUAAAAAGGAUCAAUUGGAGCAGUUACAAGAUGAAUCAGAUGCAAGAUAAAAUUGGUGUGUUCAUAAGUAUAGUGAGCACAAAAAUACCCUUCAAAGGAACUGGGAAGGAAUAUAUUGGAGAUGAUAUCGCUGAAAUUUCCUCUGCUGUCAAGUCAGCUAUUAAGCAGUGUUGUCUUCAACUAAAGUCUAAGAUAGUGAAGAAACUUCAGGCCCGUGAACGGCAGGAGAGGAAGAGGAACUUAUUCAGGUAUGUUCCUGAUGCUUCAAGGGCUGUCAUGGAGGUUCUGGAAGAAAUGGCACGAAAUUAUGAACCAAAGCGGCCGCGUUAUGAUGGAGAGGAUGGAGAGCUCCUCAGAAAAGUAGCAUCUCAGGAUAUAACAGAGAUGACUUUUAGGGAAAUCUUAUCCCAACACGUUGAACAGGUGGAUUACGAGAUGGCACUAGAGUAUGCCACACAAAGUGGAGCAAGUGAGGAGCCUCGAGAAGCUGUCUAUUUAAGCUCGCUUGAAGGCACACAUGAUUUCAUUGACUUCCAUAGUCCUGUCUUUGUUUUCAGACUCAUUCCUUAGGCAAUCAUUUUUUUUUCAUUUACAUGCUGUUUCAUUUUUUUCUGUAAUUCAUGCUAAACUCCAAAAAUAAAAUAAAAUAAAAUAAAAUGUCAAACAAUGUUUCCAUUUCACUGUAAAAGAAUCAGCUUGUGUUUUGGAAGAGAUUCAGAGUUGCUGGAAGCUUUGACCACAGUA